GAUCACACACACACACACACACAAACAAAAGUAGUAGAAGAACCAACAAAAAAUGGCAAACAUCUCAUACUCUACGUUCAUGUUCUCCAUCAUUUUCCUCAUCUCGACCGCGACGGCUGCCACAUUUGACAUCCUAAACCGAUGUAGUUACACCGUGUGGGCUGCCGCAAGCCCCGGAGGUGGCCGGCGUCUUGAUGCGGGCCAGUCAUGGAGGCUAGAUGUCGCUGCCGGCACUAAAAUGGCACGUAUUUGGGGUCGGACCAACUGUAACUUUGACUCCUCGGGCCGUAGCCGAUGCGAAACCGGUGACUGCAGUGGUGGACUUCAAUGUACUGGUUGGGGCCAGCCUCCAAACACGUUGGCUGAGUACGCUUUGAACCAAUACAAUAACUUAGACUUCUACGACAUCUCACUUGUCGAUGGAUUUAACAUUCCUAUGGAGUUUAGCCCAACAAGCUCGAAUUGCCACCGCAUAAUAUGCAAUGCGGACAUAAAAGGCCAGUGCCCGAACGAAUUGAGAGCCCCGGGCGGUUGCAACAACCCGUGCACAGUUUAUAAGACGAACCAGUACUGCUGUACGAAUGGGCAAGGUUCAUGUAGCAGCACUGGGUUCUCAAGAUUCUUCAAACAGAGGUGUCCCGACGCCUACAGCUAUCCACAAGACGACCCGACAAGCACUUUCACUUGUAGUUCCACUAACUACAGGGUCGUGUUUUGUCCUUAGGAGCUAAGCUCGGUGCUACGGGUCUGAGCAGCUCCCGAUUGACCCAUAUAGUUAUUUGGUUACAAAGGAGCAAUAAAUAAUUAAGAGACGA